AUGGUCUCUUGGUCUUCGGUGGGUGCGUUAAAUGCCCAGUUUCCAGGACGAGGGGGCGCGGACAGCGGGGGUGCCGAGUUGGGCCCAGGCCAGGGCCCUCCCGGGCGCCCGGGCUCGGCCCCGCCCCCGUCCCGCCCGCAGCACGAGUUCGCGUCUCCGCUCGCCCGCAGGAGCGAGGAGCCUCCGCGGUGCUACUCCGUGGGCGGGGGCUGGGAGAGCAGGAGCGCGCAGCCCCCGCCCACCCCACGCGCCUCCGUAAAGCCGGCGGGGAGUGUCUCCAGGAGCAGCUCUGCGUUCAGAAAGGAGAGGCCGGAUGGCAGCUAUUGCGAGUGGUUCGCGGCCGCCUUGGGCAACCUGGAAUGGCUGCGGUUCUCUCUGAAUCAGGACCUUAAGGGAAUCGUCUCCGAUCACAAGGGUUUCACUGCCAUCCACUUUGCAGCCCAAAAAGGCCAGCUAGAGUGCCUGCAGGUCUUGGUAGAGGAGUACGAGUUUCCCGUGGACCUGCGCACCAGAAAUGGCCAGACACCACUACACCUCGUCAUCCACAAGGAAAACAAGAACGUGGUCCUCCCGUGCAUUCACUAUCUGCUUGAGCACGGGGCAUCCCUCAACAGUAAGACACGCAAUGGCUCCACGCCGCUGCACCUGGCCGCGCAGGAGGGCCUGCUGAGCUGUGUGAAGGUCCUGGUGAAGAACGGCGCCGAUGUCCACGCCUGCGACGCCAUAGGCUGCAAGCCCAUCGACUACUGCAAAAUAUGGAACCACCGCGUCUGUGCCCGGUUCCUGAAGGAUGCCAUGUGGAAACGGGACAAGAAGGACUUUGCCUGUGAGAUGGGGAAGCUGAAGAGGCUCAAAGGCCAGCUGGCCCUCAUGGAGCAGGACUACCAGACUGAGUAUCAAAGAGAACAACGGAUCCUGAGUCAAGCUGAUUUCAAGAAGUGGUUCCAUCGCAAGCUACUGCCUCGAGACCAACCUCUGACCCACAACAUCAAGCAAGAGCCCCACGCCCGUGCCUGGGCCCUCCCCGUCUCCAAGAUCCCCAAGCUGCCCAGACGCUUCCACCUCUCCCCAGAACACCUGCAGCAGAUACCACAGCCCAACCUGCGGCCCCUGCUGACACCCAGGCCCCUCUAUAAGCAGCCCAUAGUGAGGCAGCACAAGCCGUGGAACAUUAGCAACAACCCGGCCAGAUCCCCCACCGCCCAGCUCGGCUCCCCGCAGGUCAUCCGCAUGGGUGUGCAUCCAGACCCCAGCCACGAGCACGACUUCCGCAGGUUCGUCAAGAUCAGGUCUGACGGGCAAGGUGGAGCGCAGCUGCGCACGGUGGCUGGCAAGCAGGUGGCCCCCGUGCCCCAGCUGCCCCUGGAGGUGAUAGUCCGGGAGCUGUACCCGCAGGCGCGGCCGUGCAGGAUGAAGGUGCCCCAGGGCUUCCACUCGGUCAGCAUCAGGGACCUGGACCGGAAGCGGCACAUGGGCGACAACACCUUCUGGACCGACACUCUGGCCAUGAGCUUACGUGAAACGUUUGAUGACACCUUCGUGGCAACAGUGCAAGCCCACCAAGGGCUCCCCAUUCUGCCCUGCCCCUAAACACCCCCUUCCCCCCAUAAACUUAUUUUGGUAGCCUCUCGAGCUGAGGCAGCCUAGUGAGGGCUGAGGUGUGGUCAUUUAUGUUGCGGACAGGGAACAAGGCAAAGAGACCCACGGGCUUCCCACUACCCCCCCAACAAAAGCCCAGAUCCUUGGGGACCCACCCAAGAGAUUCAAAUUAGGGCAGCAGCCCAGAGCUCAGAGUGGGGGUCAGUCUGUAUCCUAAGUGCCGGCAUUGUGAAAGGAACAUUCUGGUGUCCGCUUUGCACCUCCCUCCCUCCAAACAGCGCACCGGGGACAGGCAGAGGAACCACUGGGAAACCUGCCUCCUCUUCAGACUAAGUCCUUCUGCUACGGACCCAGGCCUCACACUUCACCUCCAGAGCCAGAAGGCGGUGGAAGAUGGCUAACUGUCACCCUGCCCAUGGCUUCCCUGCCACUGUGGUGUCCGCAGGGCAGGGGGGCAUAGGGGCAUGUGUGGGGGAAGAAGGACCCAUGGCUUUAGUUUGAGACUAUGGACAUAUGGACACACUUGUACUUCCUCCAGGAAGCUAGCCUGCACCCCCUGCUAUCCGCUGUACACAUCACCACAAAUCAUUCAUUAAACAAACAUUUAUUGAGUGCUUUCUAUGUGCCAGGCACCAAGCAAGGCGCUGUUGAUACAAAAACUGAACGACAGUCCCUGCCCUCAAGGAGCUUACAGUCUAGUAAGGAGAUAGACCAAGUACAUGGGCAAGUAUGCCCACAGUGAUGUGUGUGGUGUGCUGGAGUGGGCCGGGGGAGGGGACUUUAAAAGCUCCUUGGACGACAUUAAAUCUUAGGUUGAGAACUAACAAAGACGCCCUGGUGAAGGGAAGGGGAAUCAAAGUGGCAUCUCUGGAUACAGGAGGCCAGGACCCAGAGUGCAAGAUGGCAAGCGAUGGGGCCAGAGAGGCGAGUGGGAAGCAGGAUACCGCGUGUUUCACAGCCAUGCCGAGGGUCUGGAUUUUGUCCUGAAGGCAGAGGGGAGCCAUGGGAGGCUGCAGGCCAGGAAGUGACUUGAUCUACUAUGCAUUUUAGAAAGACAACUCUAGCUGUGGGACGGAGAAGCAGGAGGCGGCUGUCACAAUAACCCAGGUGAAAGUUGAUGACAAUGGGAGUGGCUCUAAUCAAGAGAUAUUAAGGAGGCAAAUUUGACAGUUUUCAGAGAUUGGAUGCGGGGGG